AUGAUCAAAGUAUUUGAUUCAGCAUAUCAUAUCUAUAGGGAAAAUAUUGGCCUUGCUGACUGCCUUGCAAGGUGCAGCUACAACCUGGACUUAGGCAUUUGCUAUUUUGAUAAUGCUCAUGUGUGGGCAAAUGAUGUUCUGGUUGAUGACCUUCUAAGGGUCUCUCGUUCUCGUCAGAUUUCCCUUGCGGAAGUGUAG